CAGGAGCUCCUUGGAUUUGUAUGGUUCCUCUCAUUCAUGAGAACAGAGAACGCAAUCUGAAAUGAUACCAAGACUUCUGAAUAGAGGUACUGUGUCCUCAUUGCUGGUGAAUGCUCAUUUUCUUUUAAAAGUUCUCAGCUUUUGUUCAAGAUGUUCCACCCUCUUUGAUAAAGAGGGUAACAAGGUAGGUGCUUCAACAAACUACAGGAUCUAUCUUCCACCCUCAUUCACUGAUAGCACUCCUCAAUUAGCUCGUUAUGACGUUGAGGUCGUGGACAAUGUUACUUGGCAACUUUCAUCUGGUCUAGCUCACAGUUGGCAAGGUUUUGAUACAGAAAUCAAGUCAAAAUCUUUUACCCAACAGGUCGAUCAAAAGGCAGGUUAUGAGUCUCCUAUGACUCUGGUUGAUUCUGAUUUUGAUGAAAUUGAUAAUAUGAGAAAUCGUGGCAAUCUUUUCUAUAAGAUUGACCGGGGUUCCAAAGAGUUUGAGGAGUACAGUUAUGACAUUCAUAGGAGGAAAACCUCUAAGAUGGAUGAUCAGAAGGGAAGGGAAAAGAAGGAAUCAUUGAAGAAAAAAGAUCCUAAAGAAAGUAAAAAGUAGAAGACAAGUGCUAAAUUGGCCCCUGGAGGGGAAAAACCACUCAAAGUUGUAAAGAAUGGAAUCGUUACUGAUGUUCUUGGUAAAAUGGAGAAUUCUAGCAUUGGGGCAAAGAAGGUUAGAACCCCAACCUUUAAUCAACUCACGAGUCCUUA